AUCAUUGUAAAAAAAUUAUUUUGACUCGAAUGAAAAAAGAUUUUUUUUGGGGAUAGGGGGGAAUAUGGCCACCACCUAUAUACGGACGGUUAAGGGAGUAUAUAAACAGAGCGGCGCAGAUGGGAUCGCCGCUGAGUACGAACAAGAUGGCGAGUAACGAAGCGGCGGAGAAGGCUCUUGCCAAAGCCCAGGAGAUCGUUUCCUCUCACCCCGUCGUCGUCUUCAGCAAGACAUAUUGUGGAUUUUGCAAGACAGUGAAGAAGCUUCUUUCUGAUCUUGGUGCUGCUCAAGAAGUCAUUGAACUUGAUGAAGAAAGUGAUGGGGCUGCUAUUCAGGAUGCACUACAUGCAUGGACUAAGCAGAGGAGUGUGCCGAAUGUUUUUAUUGGAGGGAAGCAUGUCGGCGGCUGUGAUGACACUCAGAAGUUGCACAGAGAAGGGAAGCUUGUCCCCAUGCUGGAAGAAGCAAAGGUAAAAGACGCUGGUGCCCUUGCCACCGAGGACCCUGCUCAGCCUUCCAAGGACAAUGACGACAUUUCCGGCAAGGCACCUGCUCUUCUGUAGAAGCAACUGAGUGUGACAGGUCAUAACUCCUACUAGUGGACUUCAGAGAUCCAAGAAAAACUGAUAUGGAAAAAGGGUUAUGCUAUAUAUAGUAAUCCAAAGAUGAUACCAAAUGUGAUAUGAUUAGUGAGUGUCUAUGUCAACCUUGGAGUUUUAAGUUCUUUUUUUAAGUUUUAAAUAAAAUCUUGGUUGCAUUUGUGCUAUAUAGCCAAAUGAUCCUUUUUUAAUAUUUUCUCUUUUCUAUAAUUCCUAUUGAUCAUAUUUGAUAGAAUAACGUAGUGAUGUUUUU